AUGAAAGAAGUUGUUUCUGGUACGACUCCAAAGAAGAUCAGUGGGCUGGAGUUUAGCGCACUCAGCGCGGCCGAUAUUGUGGCUCAAUCAGAGGUCGAGAUCUCCACCCGUGAUCUGUUCGACCUUGAGAAUGGCCGUGCUGCCAAGGCCGGAGGUGCCUUGGACCCUAAGAUGGGUGUCUCAUCAUCCAGUUUGGAGUGUAGCACCUGUCAUGGAAAUCUGGCGUCUUGUCACGGUCAUUUUGGACAUAUAAAGCUUGCGUUGCCAGUUUUUCACGUGGGUUACUUCAAAGCAACCAUUCAAAUUCUGCAGGGGAUCUGUAAGAAUUGCUCGGCUAUUUUACUGAAUGAUACUGAUAGAAGGCAUUUCCUUUCGGAGCUACGUCGCCCCGGCGUUGACAACCUCAGACGUAUGGGCAUAUUGAAGAAAGUGUUGGAUCAAUGUAAAAAACAGAGAAGAUGUCUGCAAUGUGGUGCGCUAAACGGUGUGGUGAAAAAGGCUGCAGCUGGGUCAGGUUCGGCAUCACUCAAGAUUAUCCAUGACACAUUCCGUUGGGCGGGCAAGAAAUCCGCACCAGAGAAGGAUAAGUGGGUUGGUGACUGGGAUGAAGUUUUGUCGCACAAUCCAGAGCUUGAGCGUUACGUGAAGCGCUGCAUGGAUGAUCUAAACCCGUUGAAAACUUUAAAUCUUUUCAAACAGCUAAGGCCGGACGAUUGCGAACUGCUCGGAAUUGAUUCGUCCGUUAAAUCGGGCAGACCGGAAACAUACAUCUGGCGGUACUUACCGGCACCGCCUGUUUGUAUCAGACCCUCUGUUAUGAUGCAAGAUUCUCCUGCCUCCAAUGAGGACGAUCUAACUGUGAAACUCACAGAAAUUGUUUGGACCUCUUCACUCAUUAAAAGUGGACUGGAGAAAGGUAUCUCAAUCAAUAACAUGAUGGAGCAUUGGGAUUAUCUUCAGCUUUCGGUGGCCAUGUACAUUAAUUCCGAUUCUGUCAAUCCAGCUAUGAUGCCUGGAGCUUCUAGUGGAGGUGGUAAAGUGAAGCCGAUAAGGGGCUUCUGCCAACGUUUAAAAGGUAAACAAGGUAGAUUUAGAGGUAAUUUAUCUGGUAAGCGUGUGGAUUUUUCAGGAAGAACUGUCAUUUCACCAGAUCCUAACCUGUCCAUUGAUGAAGUCGCUGUUCCCGAUCGUGUGGCGAAAGUACUGACGUAUCCUGAGAAGGUGACGCGUUACAAUAGGCAAAAACUGCGGCAAUUGAUCAUUAAUGGACCGAACGUCCACCCGGGUGCAAAUUAUCUUUUGAAGAGCGAUGAAGACGCCAGAAGAAACUUACGGUACGGUGAUCGUGUGAAGUUGGCCAAGAAUUUGAGAGUUGGAGAUGUGGUAGAAAGGCAUCUUGAAGAUGGCGAUGUUGUGCUGUUCAACCGUCAACCGUCAUUACACAGAUUAUCUAUCUUAUCCCAUUAUGCGAAGAUCCGCCCGUGGAGAACUUUCAGAUUAAAUGAAUGUGUCUGUACACCAUACAAUGCCGAUUUUGAUGGUGACGAAAUGAAUUUACAUGUCCCUCAGACUGAAGAGGCAAGGGCUGAGGCAAUAAACCUGAUGGGAGUCAAAAACAACCUCUUGACUCCAAAAUCUGGUGAGCCCAUUAUCGCUGCAACACAAGAUUUCAUAACAGGUUCAUAUCUAAUCUCGCAUAAGGAUUCGUUCUUCGAUAGGGCAACCUUGACACAGUUACUUUCCAUGAUGUCUGACGCUAAUACUCAAUUUGAUAUUCCACCUCCUGCAAUCAUGAAGCCAUAUUACCUGUGGACUGGUAAACAAGUUUUCUCUUUGUUGAUCAGACCAAACAAAUUGUCAUCGGUGGUUAUCAACCUAGACGCAAAGAAUAAAGUUUUCAUUCCACCAAAAAACAAAUCUUAUCCAAGUGAAAUGUCUCAGAAUGAUGGUUAUGUGAUUAUCAGGGGGUCAGAAAUUCUCAGCGGAGUCAUGGAUAAAUCUGUCCUUGGUGAUGGUAAGAAGCAUUCGGUAUUUUAUACUAUUUUGAGAGAUUACGGGCCUCAAGAAGCAGCCCAUGCAAUGAAUAGAAUGGCUAAACUCUGUGCCAGGUAUCUUGGUAAUAGAGGGUUUUCGAUUGGUAUCAGCGAUGUGACGCCAGCAGAUGAUCUGAAAAGAAAAAAGGAAGAUAUGGUUGAAUACGCGUACGCAAAAUGUGAUGAAUUGAUUGAUUCUUACAACAAGGGUAAGCUAGAAACACAACCGGGCUGUAAUGAGGAACAAACGUUAGAGGCAAAAAUUGGUGGUCUACUUUCGAAGGUUAGAGAAGAAGUUGGUGAUGUGUGCAUUCGAGAGCUUGAUAAUCUGAACGCUCCCUUGAUCAUGGCAACGUGUGGUUCCAAGGGUUCCACUUUGAAUGUUUCCCAAAUGGUGGCGGUCGUUGGUCAGCAAAUUAUAUCUGGUAAUCGUGUUCCCGAUGGUUUCCAAGAUCGUUCUUUACCUCAUUUCCCAAAGAACUCAAAAACGCCUCAAUCGAAGGGUUUCGUUAGAAAUUCUUUCUUCUCAGGAUUAACACCCCCAGAGUUUCUUUUCCACGCUAUUUCUGGUCGUGAAGGGUUGGUUGAUACUGCCGUGAAAACAGCAGAGACUGGUUAUAUGUCCCGUAGAUUGAUGAAAUCUUUAGAGGAUCUGUCUUGUCAAUAUGAUAACACAGUCAGAACAUCCUCCAACGGUAUUGUUCAGUUCACAUAUGGUGGCGACGGUCUGGACCCCAUGGAGAUGGAAGGUAAUGCACAACCUGUCAAUUUUGUUAGAUCAUGGAAUCAUGCCUUUAAUAUCACCUUUAACAACACUGACAAAGGCUUGCUUCCUUAUCAAAUCAUGUCGGAAACAGAUAAAAUAUUAGGUCCUUUGCAGGAUAGGCUCAUUCGGUAUGAUAAUGUCGGUAAAGUUGUCCCCAAAGAAGAAAAUGCAUUGGUUGAGUACAUUGAUCAGAAUGAUGCCGAAAGGAACUUCUAUCUGUCUUUAAGGAAAUUCAUGCUCAGCAAAGCAGAGCUGUUAGCUUCCGUAAGAAAACAAAGAGGAAUGAAAGAAUUACUGGAUGAACCUGGUGAAGAAUUCAAGAGUAUGGAUUUGGACGAGCACGUUCCUGAAUCUACCAGAUAUUCCGUCGAUCAAUUGUGCCGCAUCACUGGCAGAGCCGUUAGCGAGUUUUUGAAAAUCGCCAUUCUAAAGUACCGUAGGGCUAAGGUGGAGCCUGGUACUGCUGUGGGUGCAAUUGGUGCACAGUCAAUUGGUGAGCCUGGUACUCAAAUGACUUUGAAGACUUUCCACUUCGCUGGUGUUGCUUCUAUGAACGUCACGCUGGGGGUUCCUCGUAUUAAGGAAAUUAUCAACGCAUCUAAAGUCAUAUCCACUCCGAUUAUUAAUGCUGUUCUUGUGAAUGACAAUGACGAGAGAGCUGCGAGAGUGGUUAAAGGUAGGAUCGAAAAAACUUUACUUUCUGAUGUCGCAUUUUACAUUCAAGAUGUUUACCAUGACAACCUUUCGUUCAUACAGGUCAGAGUAGACUUGAGCACAAUUGACAAGCUUCAACUUGAGUUAACGAUCGAAGAUAUUGCCGUCGCAAUCACACGGGCUCCGAAGCUGAAAAUUCAGGCGUCAGACGUGAGUAUUCUGGGGAAGGACAAAAUUGCAAUCAACGUCUUUCCCGAGGGUUAUAAGGCGAAAUCGAUUUCGACUUCGGCAAAAGAACCUAGUGAAAAUGAUGUCUUCUUCAGAAUGCAACAUUUGCGUCGUGCCCUUCCAGAUAUUGUGGUGAAAGGCUUGCCAGAUAUUUCAAGAGCCGUUAUCAAUGUACGGGAUGACUCAAAGCGUGAAUUGUUGGUUGAGGGUUAUGGUCUGAGAGAUGUUAUGGCUACAGAUGGUGUCGUAGGACAUAAAACAGUUACAAACCACGUUUUGGAAGUCAUGAGCGUUCUAGGUAUCGAAGCCGCCAGAGCAAGUAUCAUCGGAGAAAUUGAUUAUACAAUGAGUAAUCACGGUAUGAGCGUCGAUCCUCGUCAUAUUCAACUUUUGGGAGAUGUGAUGACUUAUAAGGGUGAGGUUUUGGGUAUCACUAGAUUCGGUUUAAGCAAGAUGCGAGACUCCGUCCUUCAGCUGGCAUCUUUCGAAAAGACAACGGAUCACUUAUUCGACGCAGCGUUUUAUAUGAAAAAAGACGCCGUGGAGGGUGUCUCGGAAUGUAUCAUCCUUGGUCAAACAAUGUCGAUUGGUACUGGCGCUUUCAAGGUUAUAAAAGCCACUGAAAUAGAUGAUGGCGACUUGAAACCAAAACCAACGCUAUUCGAGAAUUUGGUGCAAGCAGUGAGCGUCAAGGCUAAUUGA